CGACACCGAUGAAAAAAUGGCGAGCGAGUGGCUUUUUCCGACUGACGAACAAAAUGAAGAUUCUAGCGACAAAACAAGAAGCGAGGAACUUUUUGUCUUUGGUUAUCACUGCAAAUUAUUCAGAGAUGAUGAACAGGCGAAAAUGGUGGACAGUGGAACUUACAUGAUCCCGUGGAUGGGGGACGAAAAACUGAAGAUAGACAGGUAUGAUGGGCGUGGUCACCUUUAUGACCUACGACCUUAUGAUGCAGACAGCUUGAAAGGAUUGCCUGCCCCAGUUCUGACUGAAGAUGAGCUGCAUAUUGAGAAACUAUGUGAUGAGGAGCGCUAUCUGGAGCUGCAUACAGACUUGGCAGAGAAAACCAUGUAUGAAGAGGAAGAAUGGAAGAGGUACUACGAGUCACUGUCUGAGGGGUACAAAGCUGUUGGCUUCAGUUAUGAUGCAUAUGGACAACCACAGGCCUAUACAGAGCCAGUUCCAGAGGAGUCGAAACCUAAUCCUGAAGAAGCUGUUUUUGUUCCUGCAAAAGAACUACAGGUACCAGCUGGUGUAGCUAUACCAUCAACAGUUAAGGAGAAUGCUAUAAUAGAGAAGACAGCAAAGUUUAUAGCAGAACAUGGAGUACAGAUGGAGAUUGUGAUGAAGACGAAGCAAUCGAACAACCCGCAGUUCCAGUUUAUGCACUUUGAGAACAUUCUCCAUCCAUACUAUAAACAUCUUGUUAAGAUGAUCAAAACAAAGAAAUACAUUCCAAAAUCUCCAGCAAAGGAGGAACGUGAUGCUCAUAAUGAUAGUGGUGAGGGAGAUGAUGGCGGCCAUGGUUACCUCCAUCCAACAUUAAUGACAACAAACAGAGCUUCACCUGUACCUCAGGAGGUGUACAAGCCUAUACAGAUGCCAAAGGUAUCUAUACACGAGACAUCCUAUGGUCAGCUGCUACAGUCAUUUUCAAAGGUCAACAAGGAAGUGGAAGACAAAAAAAGAGAAAGAGAAGAUAGAAUGAAAAAGGAAGUAAAGUCUGAGCCCAAGGAGUCUUCUUCACUACCGGCUUGUGUUGCACAGCCAGUAUAUGGAUCAUCUAUGCCACCACCACCAGGGAUUGAACCUGUUCAGCUGCCCAAAGCAAGUGGGGACCAGAAAAACUCAGUACAGAUAAAAGAGGAACCAGACAAUCAUUCUGAUAGUGCUUCGCAAAGAACAAGCUCUCCUCCUCCACAAAUAGUUCCACCUCCUCCAGAUGUUCAGCCUAUCAUUGACAGGAUGGCCAUGUAUGUAGCAAAGAAUGGAGAAGAGUUUUCUAUCGUUGUGAAGUCGAAAAAGGACCAGAGGUUUCAGUUUCUCGAGACAUGGCACACACAUUAUCCUUAUUAUGAUUUUAAAAGACAUCUGUUUCAAGAGGAGAUAGAAAAAGAAAGAAAGAUGAAGGAGGCAGAAGAGAGGAAGAAGGAACAAGAAAAAGCAGAGAUUUUAGCUAAAGGUGUAAAGUUUAAACUGAAGAAAGCAAAUAAAGAACAAGAUUCUACAACCAUUGAAAAGAAACCAGUGUUUGAGUAUGAUGAAUCUGAUGAUGAUGAUUCAGACAGUACCCGUGAGACAAGGAGGUCCAAGUCAAACAAUGCCUCGGGUACAAGUACGCCAGUAGGGGGCUCAGAAGGGGCUACAGAUACCAGAAGUACUGAACAGUUAGAACGCAAACUUGCUGAACAGCGAUUGAAGGACAGGUUAGCAGCAUCGGCAAGGGAAAAAUUGUCGCAGGUUGACAAAGAGAAACAAAUCAAGGCCGAGCGUAAGAAGAAGGCGGCCAUGUUUAUUAAUCUACUAAAAUCUCAAAGUGAUACUGCAGUAGAGGAGGAUAAAAAGAUACUGCCAGCCCAAGCCACACCAGCCAGCAGUGGAAGAAACACUCCAGUUAAGGUGGAGGAUGAAAAAUCAACACAUCACAAAUCCAAACAUAAGUCUAGGAGUAAAAGAUCUAGGUCAAGGUCACGGGAUAGAAGUUCAAGGUCACGGAGAUCAAGAUCUAGAUCUAGGUCAAAGAAGAAGAAAAGGAAGAGGUCACCAACUCCACCAAGUGCUUAUAACGUAACUAGAAGAUCCCCUUUAAGAUUUCCCCCACCUCCACCACCCCCACCAAGGUAUAUGGACAUAAGAAGCCGCUACUCUAGGUCUCCAUCUAAAGGUGGAAGUUCAAGACGGCGGUCAAGGUCGAAAGACAGAAGCUCAAGACAAAGGUCACACUCGAGGUCGCCUUCAAGAUCAAAGUCGAAGAAGAAGAAACGGUCAAGAUCACCAAAGUCAAAGAAAGAUCAUUCUAGUCACAGAAAAAGUUCCAAAAAAAAGAAGAAGAGAUCAAGAUCUAGAUCACGAGAGAAGAAAGUUAUUGGACCAGCAGAAAAUCCUAUUCCUGAGGAAACAGAAGUUGAAGUUAUCGUUCCUGAUCAAAUAGAUCCAAGAGUGAGCUCCCCUGCUGGUUUAGAGGAGGACUCUAUGGAGGCCCUGGAGGAAGGUGAGACAAGGGACAGUACUCCGGAACCAGGACAAAUCAGUGAUACAGAUACAACAUGCAAGGAAUCCCCUCCACAGUCACCGCCAAGGCCUCCUGACAUAGAUCCAGAAGCAACCCCAAGGCCAUCUGAACAUUCCCCUUGUAAACGCAAGCGUAGCAGAUCUGUCUCUUCUAGCAGUAGUCGAUCAACAACUCCUCCAAGUAAAUUAAGAUCAAGGUCAAGGUCACUUUCUCCAGAAACCAGGUCACGAUCAAGAUCUCUCACUAGAUCAAAAUCUAGGUCAAGGUCGAGAUCAAGUUCUAGGAGCGAACCAUCCCCAGUUAAAUGUCACAUGACCCCCCUGAGUAAUAGUAGUAUAUCAAGGGAGGCUACUCCAGUACCAGGGGAAACGUCUGCAGUAUCAGGGGAGAAUAUUGCCUCAUCAGGGGAGACUACUGCCUCAGUAGGGGAGGUAAAUGGAGAAGCAGAGAUGGAACCGACACAAUCGCAGAAAAAUGUAUCUUCUUACAUGCUGAAUCGUGUUCGAGCUAUUAUAAAGGCGAGCAGGGAGGCUGUAAGGAAAGAAGAUGAUAUGUUUGUAGAGGACACUUGACCAAUAGAACUAUUUAAUGUUUAAAAAGUUACUGGAUAUAUGCUGUUGGCAACUGUUAGCUGGAGAUUGUUGAAGGAUAAAUUAUUUUUGUUGUUGUAGUAAUGAUACCAUCACACAAGUGCUAGAUUCAUGUUUACUUGUGUACUUGACAUCGUGAAGAAACUGGCAGAUUUCUAUUGUAGUGUCAAUAAAAAUAAAGAAGCGAGUUUUCCAUAUGAGUACAUGUUCAUGUAGGAAAUAGCUAUAUAUAGCAAUAGUGGUCUACAUAACACCUGAUAAAAGCUAUAUAUAGCAAUAAUUGUCUACAUAACACCUGAUAAAAGCUAUAUAUAGCAAUAGUGGUCUACAUUACACCUGAUAAAAGCUAUAUAUAGCAAUAAUUGUCUACAUAACACCUGAUAAAUGAAUGAAGACGCUUGCUAAAUGGUUUUGAACAUUCGAAAAGUUUUCUUUAUAAACUGCAUAUAAAACCAGUUAAAAUUUUCAAUGUUUUAAUACUGUAAAUUCUAACAUGACCAGCAAAUAACCUACAUUCAUGUAGAGCAAAAUCUAUCUCUGGUUAUUCCGCAAUAACCCACGCGCUUGCAAUGAUGUCAUACGAUCCAGGUGCGUAGCACGAUCAUAAAAAGUAGUUACCAUUUUUUCUAACACUAUUAAUACUAGUAUGUCGUGUUAGAAUUGAAAUAACAAGUCCCCAAGUGUGAUUAAUCGUAGAAUAACCAGAGUUUUUCAUUCUUAUGCGAAACAAUAUAUCACUCAGGCCUAUGGCCUUCGUUAUAUAUUCCUACGCAUAAGAACUCAAAAACACAGGUUAUUCUAUGAUAAACCACACUUUGGACCUUAUUUCUUAAGUAAUUUCCGUGUCUGGUUAUAUUUUGUGAUUUGAUGAUACUACAGACAUGUUCACAUCAUUAUGAAUUACUGCUUCUCAAUUAUGCUUCCUGAGAUGCUGCUUCUUAAUGUUCACUAGUACUGGUAUCUUCUUACAAGAAUGUAGGUGAAAACAGGAGCAAAUGUUACCUAAUCUACAGUAAGAAAAACCUUCACAGUACCUGCCAGUACCAGUAUUUCUGUACUCGUUUUUACGAUGAUUACUUCUCAACAUAAUUAUCAUCCGCUUUGAUCAAAUAAAAAAAGACGAUUACAGACAAUAAAAUUGUUCUUCCCCAACCUAUUUUAUAUUUGGCAUAUACAAAAGUAUAGUAAAGCUUGUCAGUUAUAUGACUUGUAAAAUGAUGUGAAUUAUAAUAAAGUGCUAUUACACAA